AUGCCUGACCCAUUGGAUACGGCCGCACUCGAACGGGAUUUGCAAAAGUCCUAUGAAAGCAAAGUUGCACCACCAAAGCUGCCAAAACGGCAAAAAAGAUGGCGACAGCCAGCAAAGAAGCCAAUUUUCGAUCUCGCGGAAGUGCCAAAAGGGUGGAACUCAGAUGAACCUGAUCUUGAUCCUGAUGACUUGGUAUCUCAAAUUGUAAGGUGCCAGGAACGGAUUGAUGAUAAUAUCAUGAGCCAGAUGUUCCAAUUCAAGCUGGAUGACUUGCUGAAAGAGAAGUACCGUCGCGACGCCAUGAUGGCCGCAGAGCCGGUUGGCUUGAGCUGGCCUGUCGUCCUGCGCUUGGACACCCUCACGAAGAUGCUAAAAUGUCUUCGCAGCGGGAACGAUGAGUGCGAUCUAAUUGGAAAUGUGACAAACAUCAUGGCAGCAUACAGAUCGGGAAAUUUGAGAUGGACACCAGGUCUUGUUACCUACUGGUCUAAAGGUGUCCAACUCUGCCAGCCGAGACCUUUCAAGUGGGAUGAAUUUGAUUUCAUCAAUGCUAAGCAUGACGGCGUCACAGGCUUUAUGGUAGAAGGGCUUGAAGGACCAGGGCCAAGCCCCCAAUUGGCGUCAACCUAUGUAGCUUCGCCAGGUCCUCAAUUUGGACAGUAUCAGAGUGGUUUCCGAUCGAGUCCUCCCUUCUCCAACUCCCCCAGUUCACCAUGGUCUACACAUUUAUCCUCCCAACCACUUCGCCUGUCUCGUUUCAAUCAUUCAUCUCCUCUACCACUCACCCCCUCUCUCCCCCAAUCCGCGUCGACAACCCGCCAUGCCCUCCGCCUCGCACUCAAGGCCCACAAACGCUUACCCCGCGGCCCGCGUCAGGACGCCCACCUACCCACAGUUUUGUCCGCGUUGAAUGAAUACAUCCCCUUCCUAUUCGCAAUCUCAAAUGGACUGAAUGGUCGCUCCGUUACAACCGAGCCAUACUCUGCUCAAGAUGGCUAUACGUCAGGGGGAACGAACCUCCGCACCGGCGAGAUAGUCGACAUCACCAUCCGCACGGAGAUACAGUCAGCAUGGAGAUGUACAUUGUCGUCCUCAGGCGGAUUGAAUUUCGGGUCCGGCGGAAAUAAUGCAAGCGGACAUGGUAUCCGCACGCGGAAUGGACGAGUCUCUGGCCGAGGCAUCCACUUCGAAUUGGCAUUCACGCUUACAACUCUGGGGUAUGUACUGAGUAGGAUGGCGCGUGCAGGAGUAGUCACUGCGCUGUACGCAUCGUCUACCCCGUCUGCGGAGGUCCGUACUGCUGCUGUGCAGACCGCAACGCGGUAUCUACUACAGGCUAGCUCGGUGCAUAAUAUGCUUGCGUCCUCGCCGACUUUCACUGCAGCUGUGUCGGCAGUACCGGAUCUUGAGGCUGGUACGCAGUCAGCUCUGUCGUCUCUGGCCAUGGCUGAGGCUACAUUACUAGCUGUUCUCAAGGAUGAUGCGUAUAUUGCCGCGUGUAUCCAGUCGCGCAAUCCAAAUGAUAAAGAGUGGAUGGUUCGUGCACCUGAGAUUCCCAAAGUGCGCGCUUUGUUAUUUGCAAGGCUCUGUGUUCGUGCUGCAGAGUACGCCGAACAAGCGGCUGCAGGGUUAGGUGCUGUUGGAUCUACGUCUGGUCGUGCAGGCCGGGUGGAUGAAGACUUGGUUCGCUAUACAGGAGUUUUGGCUCGCGUUGCUCGGGCACGCGCCUGUCGAUUCUUUGGUGUAGAUGCUGAGUUAUCCGGUAAAGUUGGUGAGGGUAUUGCCUGGUUGCGAGCUGCACGCACUUCACUCGGGCUACGUGGAGCUUCGCAGGAUGACACUGCUAGCUCCGGAGGCUCUUCAAAGGGCGGAUUGUCCCGUUUAAAGCGCGAGUGGACAGAGCGGCGCGAGGAGCGUCGAGUCACUAAAGAUGCUGGCGGCAGUCGCAGCGAAAAAGGUCCAUUGGAUGCGGGGGACGAUGCUGGCCGUGACGAGGAGGGACGAGUCCUAGCGAUGCUUGAGACAAAAUGGGUGAAAAUGAAUGACACAAUGAAUACACACCCCAUUCCACCCUCUGCACCAUUACUAUCUAAUCUGCCUUCUGGUCGAGAUAUUCACUCUUCGCCGGCACCAUACCAGCCCCCUUCUUUAGACGAGGAUCAACUCAUGCGGAUGCGUGCUCCACCUGAUGAGAGGGACGAUAUUCAGCUUGGAAGUGACGACGAUAGUGAAGACGAUGCAGGACAGCAUGAUGGCCGUGGAACUCCGGGUGCAUUCCCGGAUCGAAGUGCGACGGCUUCGAGUGUUUAUUAUUGA